GACAUUACUGUCACACCUUUUUUCAAACAUCAGCUCAGCAGUUGGCUGAUGAUGUCAAUCGAGACAAUGGCAGAGCUGAAGUGUGUCAUAUUUUGGGGAUUUUUUACAUUAUUCUGGACCCUCUCCAGAGGAGAUUUAGAGGUCAGCUGCCAGUUCAGCAGGACUUGCAUCCUGCCAUGCAGCUUUCCUCCAGGUGAUCAGGUUGUCAUUCACUGGAUUAGACAUUUACCUAUAAAAUCCCAAGUACACUCCUACUACCACAACCAGGAUCAAAUGGGACAGCAGAGUGACGAGUUUAAAGGCAGAACCUCACUGUCCAAUCAAUUGAUCUCUACUGGAAACGCUUCUCUGCAGCUGAGUAAUGUGAUGGUACAGGACGAAGGGAGAUAUCAGUGUUACACCAGCACCAUCAAUGGAAACAAAGAGACCUUCAUUCAACUAAAGGUUUAUGAAGUGAGCAUUGAAACUCUGACUCAGCCAGCCUCUGAGGCACUGCAGCCAGGUCAACGUCUGACCAUCAGAUGUCAGGUCUCUUAUUCUUUCGACGACUACUAUGGAGCUUGGAUCAGACAUCCUGCAGGCAAAGGAGUGGAGUGGAUUGGGAUGAAAUCAAAUUGGUUCACAUUCUACAAAGAUUCACUGAAGAAUAAGUUCAGUAUUGAUAUAGAUGCUUCCAGUAGUACAGUGACUCUGAAUGGAGAGAAUAUGCAGCCUGAAGACUCUGCUGUGUAUUACUGUGCAAGAUACAACGCCAACCACAGUGACACAACGAGCAGCAGAGCUGUACAAAAACCCCUUGGUGUCUAAACUAAUCCACUGUUCUACAAAGGGCUCUCAGAUUAUUGGCUAAAUUAAUAAAUGAAAAAUGAAACAAAAUGUAGAGAAAGGUUACAUUUUCUUUAUUUAAUGAUAAUGAAUUAAAUCUAUAAUUUUAAGGUUUUUGUUCUGUAUCAGAAUCUCAUGUUUCAUAAAUAUUUUUUGGGUAAAAAGAGAAAAACCCUUUUGUCUUUCUAUUGCAAAUUACUGAAUCUACUUUGUUACCUGUUAGUUGUGAGAGAGAAUUAUAGUGUUUCAUGUAAUGGGACAUGAUUCUGCUGUUGGUCUAUAGAGCAUGAAAUAAACCAACAAAUAAACUGAAAAUCUCAAAAGAAUUUAAAGUAAAAAAAAAAAGUUAAACAUGGCCUGCAAGAAAGUAUAUUUAUAUGAAUGAAAUAAAUAUAUUUUUGAAGAAAUGUUAGAAUAUCAAUAAACAAAGAUUAGUUACUGGUUUUCCCUCUCUAAAUGUUUGUGUAGAUAAAGAGGUACCAAAAAAAGGGCUCAGCUGUAAUUGUGGGUUGAGAUUUUCUGUUUUUCAGGAAUCGUCUCAACAUGCGGUUCAACAGAAAUACUUCUUAGUUACUUCUUUUAACAAACAGCUUAAAAUGUGUAUCAGAAGUGGAGGAGAGCUUCAGAAACUCCUCAGUAUAUCAAGUUCUCAUAAAAAAAAAACCCACAAGAGAAACCAGUAGAUUGAUUUAUAAUAGACUGCUGUAACAGAAAAAGAUUCACUUUGUGAAUUAUCAACUUACCUGUUUAAAUAUAGAAAAAUUUAAUUCCUAAAAAGGCUGAUGUGUGUGAACUUUUAUUGCAAAUUUUAAAAGUAAUUUAUUGAUGGCCUGCACUGCUCUGGUUGAAU